AUGAGUUGGUUUUCACUUUACAUCAUGAUGCUGCAUCUCAGUGCCACGGAAACGCUUUCUCACCCCCGAGAAUUGCCACCAAGGGCAAAAAACCAAGGGUCCCAUAUGAUCAGCUCCGAAUCGGCCCAGAAGUAUCUCUGGAAGUAUGGCUGGUUUGAGCCCGUCCACUGGGACUCUUCCCGACGAAGGCCAGGAGAAUCGGUGGAGAACGUGGCCCCUCCAGAUGCCACCAGCCUCCAAAGUGGGGAUGACUCUCCCUCUUCUGUUCUGGAUGACACCAAUGGAGGACUAAAGCCCACAUUAAGCCCUCGGUUUGUAGGAGCACUGAUGAAAUUUCAGGAAGCCAAUGGGUUAAAGGUAACAGGAGUCCUGGAUAAAGACACAAGAGAAGCCAUGAGCGUGCCCCGCUGCGGGGUUCCUGACCGCAAAUUCACGGAGGAAGAGUGGCCAGAUGAUGGAAAUACAGGCAAUGGAGCCACCACCAUGCAGAAGAAGCAGGUCACUGUUACCACUACGCCUUCUAGAGUCUCUGAGUGGGUGAGGAACAGCCAAGAGUCAGAUAAAGAUAAAACAAGGCCACACACUCAAGAAGGAGACCAUUUGUACCUGAAUCUUGCUAGUCCUGGCCGUAAGAAGCGCAGCCACCUUCUAAAGGUGGGCUACAGGAAAGUGGCCUUCUCCAAACCUACAGUGAAGUGGAGGCUUCUGGGUGAAGGUUACAGUGUGUGGCUGUCCAUAGACCAGCAGCGUUACGUACUGAAGCUCGCAUUCCGCAUCUGGAGUGAGGUGGUGCCGCUCAACUUCGAGGAGGACCUGGUAUCUCCUGCUCACCUUAUUGACAUCAAACUUGGCUUUGGGACACGCCGCCACCUCGGCUGCUCCCAGCUGUUCGCUGAGAUGGGCAGAGAGUUUGCACACGCCUGGCAGCUGGGGGAUAUUCAUUUUAAUGACGACGAACACUUUGUACCACCGGACAGUGAACAUGGCAUCAGCCUCCUGAAGGUGGCGGUACAUGAGAUCGGACACGUGCUGGGUCUGAGUCACAUGAACGAGCGAACGUCGGUCAUGCAGCCAAAUUACACCCCCAUAAACACUAUGAUGGCGCUGGAGUGGACAGACCGGAGAGCCGUCCAAGGGAUAUACGGCCGAUGCUCGGGACGCUUUAAUACGGUCUUUGACUGGGUGCAGGAAGUGCAGGGAACGCGCGUCUUCGUCACCUACUUCUUCCGGCGCAGCUGGUACUGGAGAUACGAGAACCACAACAACCGACCGCAGCAGCGCUACCCGCGCAUGGUGACUGCCGGUUGGAGGGGGCUCCCCAAAGCUGACAUCGACGCAUUCCUCUCCAUCUACACAGGCGACCUCAAGCUCACCCUCUUCUUCAAAGGCAUGCAGUACUGGCGCUACGACAAUGAGAAUGACAGAGCCUACACCACUGCCCCCGAUGGGCACGUCUACCCGCGACUCAUAUCUGACGGCUUUCCCGGAAUCUCAGGACCCAUCGACACGGCGUUCUACGACCAGCGAGAUCAGAAUGUCUACUUCUUCCGAGGGAGGAAUGUGACAGCAUUUAGUGUGAAGGAUAACCAGGUGAUAAGCGGCUACCCCAAGGCGAUCAGCGACGUGUACCCUGCAGGGACCCCUGGAGACCACCCCAUCGGGGACUUGGAUGCUGUUUAUUUUUCCUUCACCCACAACAAUAUCUUCUUCUUCAAGGGUUUGCACGUGUGGCGUCUGGCGAAUUACCAAGGCUUGCCGGUGGACCCCAGGCUCCCCUCUAAUGCUCUGUUACCCCGACGCCCCAUUAACGAGCAGUGGUUUGAUAUCUGCGAUGUUCACCCGUCUAUGCUUUUCAUGCCUGGGGGGGUAUAAGGGGCAGCCAGCGGGACUGUGCUGCGCAUUACACUGUAUGGGGGCUCCCACCAGAGACCCCAGAGACUCACUAUUUUACACUAUUUGAUAUUAAUGCCCCAGACUCCACCGUUAACCCUGUUCUUCUGGCGGGGUGAGGGUUAAGAUUCACUCUGUGCACACAAGGGGGAGAAUUAACUCUGUGACGAUUUAUGUAACCGACAAAGGGUUAACCGGCUCGCAGAUAACCCAAAGUGUUAUAAUAUAUAUUUAUAUAUUUUGUAUAAGGAGACGCUGCGCCAACAGCAUGCGCAAUAAACACAGGGAAAUACUG